AUGUCUCAAAUGAACGCUUACGAAGCUCACUCGGUCGCGACUACACCUGCGCCAACCCCUCCGCCAGCUCGUUCGACGGCCGAGCAGCAACAACAACACCAGCAUCAACAAGCUCAGGCGCAGGCGCAGCAGCAACAGAUGGCCUAUCAUAUGAACGGUGGCCCUCCGAUGGCUAAUGGAGGUAUGAUGGCUGCCCCGAACGCCUUUUCUGGGUACCAAGACCCGAAUGUCUAUGCGCAACAGAACUUCUAUCCCAACGGGGCCAAACCCCAGAUUUACACGGCCGUUUAUUCCAACGUGUCGGUCUUUGAAAUGGAGGUCAAUGGCAUUGCGGUAAUGCGACGUCGCGCGGACUCGUGGUUAAACGCCACACAGAUAUUGAAGGUCGCAGGAGUGGACAAGGGUAAAAGAACCAAAGUGUUGGAGAAGGAAAUUACCGGCGAACACGAAAAGGUCCAGGGCGGCUAUGGAAAAUACCAAGGUACUUGGGUCAACUAUCAGCGCGGCCGGGAGUUCGCCCGUCAGUAUGGUGUAGAACAUCUUCUGCUGCCACUCUUCGAACACGAUAUCGGCUCGGACGGUACGGCCGGUAUGUCACAAGGUUUGGAGACGCCCACCAAAGAACAAGCCAUGGCAGCCCAAAGAAAAAGACUUUAUGGGGGUGACGGCCGGCCCAUGACGCAGCAGUCAGGAGGUACAUUUUUCAAAAAUAUGUCCAACACGGCGGCCAACGCGAUACACGCCCUGAACAGAACACGUCUCGAUUCGCCCAGUCAGAUGGAUGGACGACGGUCUAUGGGGCCUAGACGGCAAUCUCAGACUCAGUCUCAAUCAUUCAACUACGGCCAGAAUGACAUGUAUGGACAGGGUGCGAGCCAACAGAGCAUGCAUAGCAUGACCUCGCAAGACAGCUUUGGUACCAAUGGAGGCAUCAUGAGCCAAGGAGCCAGCUUCGCAGACUUCGGCCCUACCGAGGCUCAAGAGCCUCCACGAAAACGGAUUCGACCAUCGCCACAGUCGUCUUUUAUCAGUGCCGGCCCAUAUGACGGAUCAAUGGAGUUGACCAUGGUAGAUGGUGGUGCGCCGACCGAACCAAACGCCUCUUUCUUCUCACAAGCAAGCCAAUCCUUCAUGCCCAUGGACACCCUCACCUAUGGCCUCGAACCUCUUCCUCAUCCUCAAGGACCUUUGGAAGAACAGAAGAAAGAACUUUUGCUUGAUCUCUUUAUCAACCCCGACCGCACCGACUUUGACGACCAUCCAGCUUUUCUUCGACUCAGUGGCGAUGAAUUCGAGCUGCCCAUUGAUGGGUCGUGCAAUACCGUACUGCACUGGGCGGCAACCCUGGCACGGAUCCCGCUGGUGCGCAAGCUACUGGAAAAGGGCUUCAACAUGAGACGAGCCAACAGUGGAGGGGAAACGGCAUUAAUCGCAGCCUGUCAAGCACGAAACAACCUGGACCAUAACAGCUUCCCGGCGCUUUUGCAGCUUCUCGGCCCAAGCAUAGAAGUCCGCGACCGACGUGGUCGGACGUUGCUGCACCAUAUCGCCGUGUCGUCAGCCAUGAAGGGACGAGCCGCCGUGGGCAAAUACUACCUGGAGUGCCUCCUCGAAUAUGUCAUUCGACAAGGCCCCAGCCCGGCAUCCUCGGAUGGCAUGAACGGUAUGAGCUCGCAGCCGCAUGAUGGCCCUUUGACGUUGGGCAAGUUCAUGGAUAGAAUCGUCAAUGCACAGGACAAAGUUGGGGACACGGCACUUAAUCUAGCAGCACGAACUAGCACGACGACGAUUAUUGAUCAGUUGAUCGAGGUGGGCGCCGAUCCUCACAUCGCCAACCGUGGGGGUCUGGCGCCGGUCGACUUUGGAGUCGGGCUGCAUACAGACAAUCAGGUGAUGGAUCCAAACAUGCAGAUGUUUGACCCUACGGCAUCGGCGACGACGAACGCCGCGGCAAAUGGGUCGCCUCAAAAGUCGUUCGACGAGGCACAAGAAGGCCUGCUCAGUUCCAUUCGUGAAAUCCUGGCACAAUCCGAGACCGACUUCUCCACAGAAAUGAAGGAGAAGAACGAGAUUCUCGACAAGACCAACGCGGCGCUGAAGGAAUCGGGCAAUGCGCUGGCGGAAGAACGACGGAAACUUGAGGAGAUACGGGCCAAGGUGCGAGAAAAAGAAGAGCUCGAGCAGAAGAUCAACAAUCUACGUCAGGCAAUCGCCAAAUACCAGACCGAAUUGACCGAAACGGGCACGGACAUACAGGACAACGUGGCCAUCGGCCAGGCCGACAAAGGGCUAGACCUUGACGGACAGUUGAGUCGUGUGACGGAGCUGUUCCCGGACGGCAUAGCCAAUGCUUUCGACGGGGCCGGCAACAUGGCCCUCUUGACGCAGGAGCAGGCGAAUUUCCUUGACCGCCUGGAACGAGCGGAGGUGCUGUGCGGCCGCGCACAGGUGUAUCAACACCACAAUGGCCAGCUGGAGCAAAAGGCAAAGUCGCUCAAGGCGCGGUCUGGCGAGCUCGAAGAGAGGUACAAGAAGAUCGUCAGCUUAUGUACGGGUGCUGACGAGGACAAGGUGGAUGGUUUGCUGGAACCCCUGGUGCAGGCGGUGAUCAGUGAGCAGAAGGAGUUGACGGAUAAUACCCAGCUAGGUAGGAUGCGGGAGUUUUUGAGGCUGGUUCAGGGGGCCGGUCUUUGA